AGUGAUUGGUUACCAGACGUACCGGACAGUGCGAGGGGACAGAGAGCGAUACGACGAGCGCAUCACAGAGAUCACCUCCAGACCAACCAAGUCGCAGCAGACGUCGUACAUCCAGAGCCCAGAGCCCGUAGCUGCAGCACCAGAGACGGAGGCCCUCACACCGGCCCCCCAGGAGGAGAGCCCAGCCCCGGUAGAGGAGACCCCGGCCCCGAUAGAGGAGACCCCAGCCCCAGUAGAGGAGACCCCAGCCCCAGUAGAGGAGACCCCGGCAGUAGAGGAGACCCCAGUAGUAGAGGAGACCCCAGUAGUGGAGGAGACCCCCGCGGAGGAGCCGUCAGCCCCCAGCUCCAGUGAAGACAGCCCAGCGGAACCCGCAGCCAGCCUACCUGUGGUGCCAGGCCACGCCCCCUACCUUCUGAUUGGAGGGGGCACCGCGUCUUUUGCCGCCGCCCGCUCCAUCCGCGCCCGCGACCCUGAUGCCAAGGUGCUGAUCGUGACGGACGAGCCGGACCUGCCCUACAUGAGGCCCCCGCUCUCCAAAGAGCUGUGGUUCUCUGACGACCCCACGGUCACCGACACGCUGCGCUUCAAACAGUGGAAUGGGAAGGAGAGGAGCAUCUACUUCCAGCCGCCGUCGUUCUACAUCAGCCCUGAGGAGCUGGCCGUGGCCCCCAACGGAGGUGUGGCCGUGCUCACGGGCAGGAAGGUGGUGCACAUGGACGUGAGGGGGAACAAAGUGCAGCUGGACGAUAACACAGAGAUUUCCUACGAUAAGUGUCUGAUCGCUACAGGCGGAGUCCCCAGGAACAUGCAGGUGAUAGAGCGGGCCGGGGAGGAGGUGAUGAACCGGACCACUCUGUUCCGCAAGGUGGAGGACUUCAAGGUGCUGGACAUGGUCUCCAGGAGUGUGAAGUCCAUCACCAUCGUGGGCGGAGGCUUCCUCGGCAGUGAGCUGGCCUGCGCCCUGGGCAGGAGAUCUGCUGACUCAGAUCUGGAGGUGGUGCAGAUCUUCCCGGAGAAGGGGAACAUGGGGAAGGUCCUCCCGGAGUACCUGAGCAACUGGACCACCGAGAAGGUCAAGAAAGAGGGGGUGAAGGUGAUGCCCGAGGCCCUGGUGAAGUCCGUCAGCUUCAAGGACGAGCAGGUCCACAUCCACCUGAAGGACGGCCGCGUGGUGAUCACGGACCACCUGGUGGCGGCGGUGGGUCUGGAGCCCAGCGUGGACCUGGCCAAGUCGGCCGGUCUGGAGGUGGACGCCGACUUCGGGGGGUACCGGGUCAACGCGGAGCUGCAGGCGCGCUCCAACAUCUGGGUGGCCGGCGAUGCGGCCUGCUUCUACGACAUCCGGCUGGGCCGCCGGCGGGUGGAGCACCACGACCACGCGGUGGUCAGCGGCCGGCUGGCCGGGGAGAACAUGACCGGGGCCAACAAGCCGUACUGGCACCAGUCCAUGUUCUGGAGUGACCUGGGCCCGGACGUGGGCUACGAGGCCAUCGGCAUCGUGGACAGCAGCCUCCCCACCGUGGGGGUCUUCGCCAAGGCGACCGCCAAGGACACGCCCCGCGCCGCCACCGAGAAGUCCGGGACGGGGAUCCGGUCGGAGAGCGAGACGGAGGAGGUGGCCCAGAGCCCCGUGGCCUCCACGACGCCCGCCCCGCCCAGCCUGCCCCAGAAGGACGACUACGGCAAGGGGGUGAUCUUCUACCUGCGGGACAAGGUGGUGGUCGGGAUCAUCCUGUGGAACGUCUUCAACCGGAUGCCCAUCGCACGCAAGAUCAUCAAAGACGGGGAGGAACACGCAGAUCUGAACGAAGUGGCCAAACUCUUCAACAUCCACGAGGAUUAGAGUGUGUGUGUGUGUGUGUGCUAGGAGUGUGUGUGUGUUGAGCGCAGAGCUAAUGGCGUGUGAAGGCUGUCGCGGCCAAUAAUCGUUCGGAAGUGUGACGACCGCGCUGGGAGAACCCCACUGCUGAACCUCUGCACUGCAUCUCAUUUCCUGUCGUCACUGCAGCUCACUUCCUGUCCCUGGGAGAACGCACAGGGGCGUGUUUCUGUAAUUAAGACGAGCGUUUGGCACUUUUCACGUUCUGAGUGUGUGUUUGAACAAUCAGUUUGAUCCGUCUCAUUAGGCCACGCCCACAAGGUGAAUGCAUCGUCCUCGUCGGGAAAAUGUGAUUCAAGUAUAAUUGUCUCCCUCUCUCUCUCUCUCCAUCUAUUGGUCUCUCUCCCUCUGUCUGUCUCUCCGUCUCCUCCCCCAUCGCUCGAUCAAGGAUUGUAUCCUCAGUGUGUGUGUAAAGGAGUUGAAAAAAAGAAGAGAUGAAAUCUGCAAUAAAAAAAUAUUUUUAAAGUGAAACUCGUUUGAUU